UUCGCUCAACCGCCUUAGCGCCACAUGCCACAUUGUUUUCGUAGUCCUCGAAGAACGUGUUGUUGAUUCGAUUCGAGUCAAGAUUGCCGCAACACAGGCUUUGCAAUGCCCAAAAUCAAACGAGAGCGCACCGAAGAGGACUACGCGGACGACGGCGUGACGCCGCCGAAGAAGAGCAAAAAGGACAAGUCAUUUUCGCUGGAGACAGUAAAACAAGAACACUUGGAUGAUUCGACACGUGCUGACGAAAACGGCGAUACCGAGGAAAUGACCUACGAAGAAAAAUUGCAGUUUGUGAACGCAAUCGCGCACCCGAUGGCUUCGAAAAAGUUCACCAAGAAGCUGUUCAAGCUUGUGAAAAAAGCUUCGAAGCACAAGGGCUACGUGCUGAACGGCUUGAAGGAAGUGCAAAGCAAGAUUCGCAAGGGACAGACUGGUCUCGUCAUCUUGGCCGGAGACGUGAGCCCCAUCGACAUUUUCAGCCACAUCCCCGGCAUCUGCGAAGAAAAGGGCCUCCCAUACGUCUUCACGCCUUCGCGUCGAGACAUGGCCACUGCCAUGGGCAUGAAGAGACCGUUGAUCAUCCUUAUGAUCAAGGAGCACGCGGACUACAAGGAACUCAUGGACGAAUGCUCCGAAGUGAUUCAGAACCUUGAUGUCAUGGUGUAGGUCACCGCCGAGCGUGCACCCCACACAGAACCAGUGGAAACCAGGGAAUUCAGCGCUGCCAUUACAGUUAUCCCGGAGAACGGUGGGCUUCAUCUCGUAUUGCUGUGCAAUACCUGCCAGAGAGGGCAGUCAUUGCUUGCAUGAAAAAUCAUUAAAAAGCUUACAGCACGGUCA